UCUUCUAAUGUUGAAAAUCAGUCUUUCAUUUUCUGAAAAUAUAAACAAGAUCCGAUUUUCUGAAACGCCAACACCCAACACUGUUCGGACAAAAGGGGACGAGGAAAAGAUCAGAUUUUCUGCUUAGUUUUUUGAAACUCCACAUCCGGUCUUAAAGCCCAUCAGUUCAUUCGCCUAACCCAGUUCCCAAAUUGCCUGAUUUUGUGUGUCUCCGAGCCGACUCUGCGGAAUCCUAGCUUCCAGCAAGCAAAUACAGGAGGAAGUUAUUGACUAUAUGCAGUGAUUUUCUCGAAUCCCGGUUGGAACGCAAAUUCAGGUUCUUCUAUCGAUCAUUUAUGUCCGGUCGAGUUGAUUUCGAAGGAUGGUUCGUGGGUUUAUGAGAUUUUCGGGAUUAUCGAGGAGGCUAUUGAAUAUAUGCGUUGAUUCUCUCUGUAAAUUCCGGAACUUGGAGAAAGCUGAGUCGCUAAUCAUAGACGGCAUUAGAUUGGGUGUUCUUCCUGAUGUCGUAACUUACAAUACACUGAUCAAUGGGUACUGUAGAUUUGUCGGGAUUGGCAAGGCUUAUGAUGUAGUUCGUCGCAUGAGAGAAGCCGGGAUCAGGCCCGAUGUCGCGACGUAUAAUUCCUUGAUCGCAGGAGCAGCUAGGAAACUGAUGUUGAAUCGUGUCCUUGAACUGUUCGACGAAAUGCGUCUGUCGCAUAUAUCUCCCGAUCUGUGGAGUUACAACACUUUGAUGUAUUGCUACUUCAAGCUGGGAAAGCCCAAAGAAGCAUAUCGGAUUCUUUCCGAGGAUAUUCAGCAUUCCGAUCUGCCCUUUGGCGCCGACACAGUCAAUAUCCUGCUUGAUGGUCUCUGCAAGAACGGUUAUACUGACAACGCCAUUAUGCUGUUCAGACAGUUGCAGCAUGAUGGCUUUGUCCCUCAGCUCAUAACUUACAACAUUCUCAUCAAUGGACUCUGCAAAUCCAGAAGGGUCGGUUCUGCGAGAAGGAUGAUGAGGGAACUCGAGAGGUUGGGUUACACUCCCAACGUCAUUACAUACACCACAAUCAUGAAAUCCUAUUUCAAGACACGGCGGAUCGAUCAAGGGCUUUGUCUGUUCCAGGAAAUGAAGGACAGAGGGUAUACAUAUGACGGGUAUGCGUACUGUACAGUUGUUAGCGCUUUGAUCAAACUAGGGAGGAAAGAAGAGGCUUAUGAUUAUAUGCUGCAGCUGGUGAGGAGCCGUAGAAAGCAAGAUCUCGUGUCGUACAACACGUUAUUGAAUCUAUACUGUAAAGACGGAGACUUUGAAGCUGUACAUGAUCUGUUGAACGAAAUGGAGGAAAAGGGACUAGAAACCGAUGAAUACACACACACGAUUAUCGUGGAUGGUUUGGCAAAGGCAGACAACAUAGAAAGAGCAGAGGACCACUUGGUUUACAUGAAGGCAACAGGGUUGGGAUCAAAUCUUGUUGCCUGUAACUGUCUGGUCGAUGGUCUGUGCAAAGCUGGACAUGUGGACCGGGCCAUGAGUUUGCUUGAAUCGAUGGAGAUGAAGGACGAUUAUACGUACACGACCAUUGUACACAAUCUCUGCAAAGCUGGGCAGUUCAAGUGUGCUGCUAAGCUGCUCUUGUCGUGUUACAAGAACGGUAAGAAGACGCCGAGAUCGGCUAGACGAGCUGUAUACUGUGGUUUGAGAAGAUUAGGGUUUAGAUCCAGAGUGAAGAAGAUUCAGGCCAAAAUAACUGUUGCUGGCGCUUUGAAUUCAUGUUUUCAGAGAUCCUGAUUGAGUGGAAAGUGAAAUGUGAAUGGUGAUGUUGUUCUCCUGCUGUCUGAAAAUGUAACAUGAUAUUGGACAAAUUUUUUAGUUUAUAAUCGAUCAUAAAUUCCGAUCA